UUGUUUAAGGGUCAAAUGGAUUAGAAUUAUUGAUCAGCUACCUGAAAAUGAUAGUUUCAGAUAUGUAUCUUCCUCUUCUUUUUACUCAAGUAUAAUGUGUCUGUCCUUAUAAUUCAGAAGAUUGGCUAUGCAGGAAUAUGUUGACCAUUCAUCCACUUUGUUCAAGAUCUAUGUCCUGGGUCAGAAAGUUUUCUAUGCUAUUAAGAAGUCUAUGCCUAAUGUUGAUGUCUUAAUGAAAUUACCUGAAAGAAAUGGGCCUUUAAUCUUUGACAGCUUAAAAUCUCCUUCUACCAGCACUGAGGGCUCUGGCAAUAAGGAUUUCUUCACACCCAAUAGCCACUAUUUUGAUCUUGGUCUAGUCACUGACGCUGCAAAUUGGCUUUCAAGAAAGCUUGAUCUCACCGUCUUUGGUUUUGAUGUUGUUGUAAUUUGAAAUG